GCUUCGGCCUUUCACUCAAAAUCAGAUAGACAGACGACGCGAAAAUGGCCAGAGUUUGUUUCCUGGUCCUCAUGGCUGGAUUGCAGCUGAUGAAUGGACUGGGUGCUCCGGUGACAGAGGAAACCCCAGGAGCUGUGUUUGUGUCACCGCAGACGGCACACACGGUGCUUCAUCGCCAGCGCAGAUACAACAGUGGCCACCUUGAAGAAAUCAUGCAAAAAGCUAAUCUGGAGAGAGAAUGCAAAGAGGAGACCUGCUCGAUGGAGGAGGCCAGGGAGGUGUUUGAGAAUGAUGAGAAAACUAUGGAGUUUUGGGUCGGCUACAUCGAUGGUGAUCAGUGUAACCCGCAGCCCUGCCAGAAUGCAGGCGUAUGCCAGGAUGGGGUCGGCACCUAUGUUUGCUGGUGCAAACCAAACUUCAGUGGCAAGAACUGUGAGAUCGAGGUGACCAAGCAGUGUUCAGUCAACAAUGGUGGAUGUGGGCAUUUCUGUGUGAUGCAGGGACAGCGAGCGUUGUGUCGCUGUACAGCUGGUUACACACUUGGAUCAGACAAGAAAAGCUGUGAGCCAACAGGGGAAUUCAGCUGUGGUCAGGUGAGUCUGCCCUCCGGUUCUGUCCCCAGGUUCCUCACCCCACAGCACUCAGCAAGCUCGGCAAUCUCCCCCAAAACAAAGCAAGACCACAACCGCACCCAUGCAGAUGACUACUAUUAUGAUGAUAUAACUCUGUCAUAUGAUUACAGCGACGUCUUCACAAAUGCGUCAGACGCGCUCAACAUCUCUGUGGACUAUGCAAUAAAUGUACGGUCAAUGAAGCCGGAUCCUCCUCUCUCUGUAAGUUCAGCUGAUGCUGUCAGUGUUGAUGCAGAGGCAGGAACUGACAAAACUCCCACAGAAAAGAAGCUGUCGUGGGCUUUCCCCACACUGCCCACGAUCAAGGCUGAAGACAACCCUGACCAGAGGAUUGUGGGAGGAGACCUGGCCCGUCCUGGAGAGAUUCCUUGGCAGGUAUCACUGAUGUUCCGCCCUGACUCCAGUACGAGAGCUAGGUCAUUCUGCGGUGGCUCUCUGCUCAGUGAAUUGUGGGUCGUCACUGCGGCACAUUGUCUUAAUGAGGCCCCAUCUAAAAGUUUCUUCAUCCGAGUUGGUGAACAUGAUAUCAACGUGGAUGAGGGUCCUGAGAGAGACCACGUGGUGGCAGAGAAGCACGUCCAUCCCAUGUAUAAUGCCCAGACGUCACUUUACAACCACGACAUUGCGCUCCUGAAGCUCGCCCAGCCGGUGGAGCUGUCCAACGAGAGGCGGCCCAUCUGCCUGGGCCCCAAGGAGUUCACGCAGAACGCCUUGCGUCAAUCCACCAGCUCCCUCGUGAGCGGCUGGGGCCGGCUCAAGUUCCAUGGCCCCGAAGCCACCAAGCUCCAGAAGCUAGCCGUGCCCCACGUGGACCGCACCCUGUGCAAGCAGAGCAGCCAGGACCACAUCACACGCUACAUGUUCUGUGCCGGCUUUCAGAACGAGCAGAAGGAUUCGUGCCAGGGGGACAGCGGCGGGCCGCACGCAACCAAGUACAAAGACACUUGGUUCCUGACGGGCGUCGUCAGCUGGGGAGAGGAGUGUGCCAAGGAGGGGAAGUACGGCAUUUACACGCGAGUGUCACGGUACUACACCUGGAUCAGUCAGAAAAUGGGCCUCCGGAUGAGCAGCUGAUGAAUGGGGUUGUGAUCCACAUGCACGAGCUUGGCCGAUAAAAAACAUAACCGCUAAUUUUAAUCUAAUAAAGUCUAUAAUGGAACAUGACAGAACAUUAUCCUGAAGCGUCCGAACUGCAGUGAGACACAAUAAAAGAAGUGUAGAAUUUGUUAUUUGUUCAUUUAACUUGUAUUUGAUUUCCUCUAAUACAGCAAUGGCCUUCCUCCGAUAGUUUUCUUUACAAUUCCAUCAUCUAGAUGUAAACACCUGAACAUUCAGGUAAUCAUUCAUUCAGUAACAUAUUGGUAGCUUCCCCAAUUUCACAAUUUUAAAGUUGGAUAUAUAUUUUUACAGCCAAGUUUUUAAUCUGUCAUAGCAAGAAAAGGGCAGUUUAAAUAUCCUCUUAUCACUAAACUAUGACAAGGCUCUGAAAGUUUAAAAUUUAAAACAGUGUCCCUUAAUAACACUCUUCAUGGCAGACAAAUAUUCCUCUCUGAUUAUUGUUUGUGCUAGAAAUAUACAUUUUUUCACCUCAGUGAUAUUAAAAAAAGGGUUUUGAUGACAUCAUUCACACAAAAACACAGCUGCUUAUUUCAGUCAUUGAUUCUUACCUUACCUGUUGAUAUUUUCCAGUGUUAUUCAAGGGAAUUCAUUAGAUUUAGUUUAAUCAAGCCACUGGGUCAGUGGGUAGAUCCACCUUAGUGGCAGUUAACAUAUUUCCAAUUUUAUGUGUUCGCCCUACCCCGUUUGUCAACAUUGUUUUAAGUUUUCGGCGCCUUUUCUCUUUAAGAAAUGUCACAUCUCCCUCGAUGCCGAUGCGAUUCGAUUAUUGAAAUAAAAGUGGUAAUUCCCCCAAAAUAUAUACAUAAAAUUAUAAACAGAGGUAAAUUUACAGUAAUAGCUUUCCUCUUUCACCUGCUCUCUCUCUUCAACUUUCCAUUCUUUCAACGCUAAAUAAACUUUUACUAAAUGAUAAAUCCAAA